GAGCUCCCCUUGGCUGCAUCUCCCUCGUCUGCACGCACAUCGCAAUGAACCGCAACGUCUUCAAAAUCCUGACGCUGGAUGAGUACCGCCAGCUCUUCCCCGAGGGCCGCGCCGAGCCCUCCGCUUGGGCCGGCACCGAUUUCGAUCUGCACGACGGCUUCAUCCACCUCUCGGCGCUUGCCCAGGUCCGCAACACGGCGAACCUGUUCUUCAAGACACACCCUUCCGUCAAGGUCCUCGAGAUCGACUGGACCAAGAUCCAGCACCAGACCCGAUGGGAGUGCCCCGACUCGGGCUGCAGCCACGAGAGCUGCGGCGACCCUGCUCUGGAUCGGCCUGAGCUUGUCUCGGGCUCGCGAGUCUAUCCACAUUGUUACGGCCCCGUAGAGCUGCCCACCGUCGUCCACGCCGUCCACGACUACCGGCAGAUCGACGGCGUCUACCCCGAGCUUCUGUAGUCUCUGUCGAACACCCCAUGCCUGUACCCAUGACCAUGCCUAUGCCAUGCCUAUGCCAUGUCCAUGCCUGUGCCCAUGUCCAGGACGAUACUUGUCCCUGCCUGUGCUGCAUCGGAUCGCUGCCACGGUCCUCCCAUAGCGCUCUGUGGGAGGGCUGUUUCUGGGUCGGCAGUAGCGGCAGGCAGCUUGAAUUCCAAAUACAUCAUUUGCCAUUCGCUCCA